CUAGCUAGAUAGCUUGGAGACUCCAGCAGUGUUCUUGGGAUCUCCAUCGAGCAGCUGCUGACCGGAGUUGCAGUGCGAUGGCUCCGGCAGAGCUCCUGCUCGUCGUCGUCGUGACCGCGGCGGCAGCGUUGCUUCUGGCGGCGCCGGCGAGCGCCGCGCUGCCGCGGGUGUUGCACGCGCCCAAGGCCGACGGGACGCUCGCCGUCCUUGCCGUCGGCGACUGGGGCCGGCGUGGGCAGUUCAACCAGACCUUGGUUGCCCAGCAGAUGGGAGAGGUGGGGCAGAAGAUGGACAUCGACUUCGUCAUCUCCACCGGCGACAACAUCUACGACGACGGCAUCGCCAACACCAGCGACCCGCUCUUCAAGGAGUCCUUCUCCAACAUCUACACCGCCAAGAGCCUCCAGAAGCCUUGGUACCUCGUCCUUGGCAACCAUGACUACACCGGCAAUCCGCUCGCACAGCUAGACCCUGCCAUUCGCAACGUGGACAGCCGGUACACCGCCAUUGCAAAGUCUUUCAUCGUCAACUCAGGGUUUGCGGAUUUCUUCCUCGUCGACACGACGCCGUUCAUCCUCCAUUACUGGAACAACACCAAGUUUGAUUGGAGAGGGGUUGCUCCUCGCGACACCUACAUCACAAACAUACUCAAGGAUCUGGAGUACGCGCUGACGGAAUCCAAGGCCGCCUGGAAGAUCGUCGUCGGCCACCACCCCAUCAGCAGCGGCUGCGGGCACGGGAACAACACUGAGCUCGAGGAGUUGCUUCUCCCGGUCCUCAAGGCCCACGGCGUCGACAUGUACGUGAACGGCCAUGACCACUGCCUGCAGCGCAUCAGCAGCAGAGACAGUCAUCUUCAGUUCCUGACGAGUGGCGGCGGGUCCAAGGCGUGGGCUGGCAAGUUCAAGGCCACCCCCGACAAGGUGGAGUUCCUCUACGACGGGCAGGGGUUCAUGUCGAUGCGCCUGAGCAAGACGGAGGCCCACCUCGCCUUCUUCGACGUCGCCGGCAACGCCCUGCACUGCUGGGGCCUCACCAAGACUGCAGCAGCUGGGCGCGCUAGCUUAGCUUGACUCCGGCCUAUAGCUGUCACUGUCAGGCAGCAGUACGAUGAGUCGAGCAAUCACAAGGCAAUUAUUCAUUUGCGUAAACUGGAAGCAAUUGUUAUUAUUGUUGUUGCGUGUGCGCAAGUGUGAUGCUGUGAAAUAUUUGUACCCUAUAAGAGAAAUCUCAUCUUCCAUGGAAUAAAGUUUACUUUCCAUUGGCGGUUUGCAUCGC